GAGAACAACGCGGUCACAAGCGAAAAAGCAGCCAGCGUCACCUUCAAAAUUACCGCUAAAAUCUGCUCACGCUUUGUUAUCUCCUUCGCUUGGUAGAGCGCCAGCGACGACAGCGACUGCAGCGACGAAUGCAGCUCGUAAAGUCGUCGUAGCAGAGGGUCAGAAGAGGCGCACGACUACAAAUUAUAGGGGUAAACUCUCUAUUGCACAGUACUCUCCAGAAAAAGAGCCUAUCAAAACUUAUUUACGCGUCAGAAACCCUGAUGCGGGUAACAGAGAUCGCUCACUUAGCGACCCUUACUUACAAGUUAUUAGCCCAACUCAGGUUGAGUUGACAGCUCCGCCAGAUUCUUUAUUGGGCGGUAGUAGACUAUCCCUAGGUACUGGUAUUAGUUCUGAAAGAUACGCCUUCACAAAGGUAUUCCAUCCAAACUUAUCAGAUAUGCCAUCUACCGCGUCGAAAGAAAGAAAACAACUGUCGUCAUCACAAUCUGACUUCUUCAAACAAACAACUCUGCCACUUGUUGAGGAUGUGCUCCUUAAAUCUCAAAAUGCUCUCCUUUUUGCUUAUGGUGUUACCAACUCGGGUAAGACAUACUCCAUGCAAGGUGGUCAGGGCGAGGGUCAAGAGGGUAUUAUUCCACGCACACUCGAUGUUAUCUUCAACAGCAUUGGUGAAUUGAAAGCAAAUCACGACUUUAGACCUUCAAAGGUCUCAGCGGUUGAGAGUACGCGUCAGUCACCACACGGAAGUAUUCUUUCUGGAUUAUCAGGACAUCGUAACCAACAUGCACAAUUCUUCCAUGAUGUCUUCCCAGGAAAACCAUCAUCAGUAUCACAAUCUGAGGAUAUGUCUUUCGAUCUCGACAAGAAUUACAAGUACGCGAUUUGGAUAUCUUUUGCUGAAAUCUAUAAUGAAAAGGUUUAUGAUUUGUUGGAGAGCUUGCCUUCUACGUCAAAUCUUCAACCUAGUAACAGUGUAGGCAGUAUGGGAACAGCUGCAUCAAAGAAGACAACAAUUGUUGUCAAGCGUAAAGCGCUCGGUUUGAGAAGCGAUAGAGAUGCUGAUGCAAAGUAUAUUGAAGGUUUAAGAGAGGUCCGCUGUGAUUCACCAGAGCAAGCGAGAGCCCUUCUCGAACUUGGUACUCACAACAGACAAGUGUUCUCAACGCUUGCAAACAGAGCUAGUAGCCGCUCUCAUUCAAUUUUCAACAUUCGCGUUAUGAGAGUACAUGGCGCAGCUCAGAGAGAUCCAAAUGCCGUUUCAUUUUCACGACUCUCUCUUGUUGACUUAGCUGGUUCGGAAAGAAGCAAGAACACUGGAAACACAGGCGAGCGUCUUCGUGAAGCCGGUAACAUUAACAAAUCAUUGAUGGUUUUGGGUCAAUGUAUGGAGACUCUUCGUACAAACCAACGUCGUCAAGAGAGCAAAAAGCCAGUUCCUGUACCUUUUAGACACUCCAAGUUAACAGAAAUAUUCCAAUCCUUCUUCGUAGGGGAUGGUAAAGCAGUUAUGUUGGUACAUUGCAACCCAUUCGACACAUCCUUCAUGGAGACAUCUCACGUGAUGAAGUUCUCAGCUGUAGCUCGUGAUGUAACAGUCUCAAAAGCACCUUCUUCAAUGUUACCAAAGAAGGUGAAUACCACAAUUAAAGACACAUUAGGGGCAAUUAGGGAGAGGAUCGGUCAUACUCAUCAUAGCCAACCAAAAGCGAUCAAAGGAAGCGACGAAAGCUUGUCCGAAAAGUUCGUUAACGUUGAAGUCGGGGAUCAAAGUAUAGCUAUGGAAGAUGAGCCAGAUACAGAUAGCAAUCUCACAGAUGACGACGAAGAGGGAAGCGAGUUGGAUAGCGAUGAUGAAAAUGACCCAUUCACUGAAUUCCUUUUCUCAGAACUUCAAGAAAUGAAAGAGAGGUGGCUUGAAGCUGAAAUGCGUUGCGCAGAAAUAGAAAUGGAGACACGAGAGGAGUGUCUAGAGCUCAUGCGUGAACAGCUUACACUUCAAGAGGUAGAAUUCGCGGAUAGACUUAGAGCUGAAUCUGAGCAAAGUGAGAUUAAUACCAAUCGUAAAAUCGAGCUUGUGAAUCAAUUACAUACCGCAAGUCAACGCAGAAGAGAUCAAGCUAGGUUUGACGUCUUAGGCGAAGAAGAAGAUGAGACCCUCAAUAAAAGCAUGAUUGAUAAAGAGAAUAUCAAUGAUAGUUUACUCAACACGCCUACGAUAAAUCGUGAUGGCAAGAAUACCAAUUAUGACGCUCACCAGCUAUACAGAUAACCAAUUGCUUUUUAUUUAGUCAUUAAUAUUCAUUUUUUUAACAAUUAAA